CGACAUCUCCAGACACCAUCACCGCCCAAUCAAUGAUGGCCUGCAAGAAGCUCGACAUUGCGCCGGCUCCGAGCCCAGCUUGCGGUCAUGCUUCGACCACCUCUCCCUUCGCCAUUCCCUCUCCCCAAUCCGAAGGCUCCGCCUCCCCCCUCAAUGCCGGCUCGCCUGCCGCACCCUCGUCCGCUGGCCCGUCAACCCCCAUCGCUCUCGCUCCCACUCCCGGCCCUUCUGCUUAUAUCACGCCCGCCAUGAGCCAGGGACCUUGCGGCAACAACUAUGUCAUUCCUCCGCGCCCAAAGCCCGGUCGCAAGCCUGCCACCGACGACCCACCCUCCAAGCGGAAGCAGCAGAACCGUGAGGCUCAGCGGGCCUUCCGCCAGCGGAAGACGCAGAAGAUGGAAGAGACCAACCGCGACCUGCAGAUUGCCUGUGAAGCACGCAAGCAAGAGUCCGAAGCUCAUCAGCGGGAAGUCGCCAACCUCAAUGGCAUCCUGGCCGAGGAGAGAGUUCGCUCCGAGGGUCUGAAGCAAAAGGUCGAUCAAUUGACAUCUGAUAACGACAACCUGCGUCGCGACUUUGCUCAGGUGCAGGAGCGACUGCUCAAGCUAGAGCGUGAUGCUGAGCUCCAACGACGGCUACCACCUCAGGACCAGCUCACGCCACCGGCAUGGCGGGGCGAGCUAGACGAACCCUCGGCCAUCUCGGCCCCAACCUCUGACUCUCGGCCUGAUGUAAAUGUGUCUUCCGGCACAACUUCCGUACCUCAGGGGGCCAUCACGCUUCCACCACUCGUGCGGUCCGAGACGUCUGCACCGAAGGAUGGUUGCGGCAAGUGCGCGGACAAUGGCGACUGUCCCUGUGUCGACUCCUUGGUCGACUUUGGGGCCCCUGCCCGGCCUCUGCCACCUGCCCGUGAUGUCAUCAAGGACUCGCAGCCUUCACGCAUGGAGCCCGAGCAGAACUACGAGGAGAUGGAGAUGGACUUCACGUAUCUUUCCAAGCGCCCUGGCCCCAGCAGCCGUCCGUCCGCCAUGGAGCCGCCUUGCAAGCCCGGUACUUGUGAUGCCUGUAUGAAGGAUCCACUUCAGAAACGCUUCUGCGAAACCCUUGCAAGGGAGCGGCCUUUCAACCGUUCCUUUGUCACUCGUCAAGCCUCCUUUACUAGUUCCAAGGGUGAUGAUGAGGGACAACAUUCGGUCAAGCGUCAACGUCUCAACGGCACCCAGAGCCCUACGAUCGAUUGCGGUGAAGCAUACCAGCGGUUUUUUCGUAACUCGAACCUUCCUGUAGACCAAGAACACCCUGCCUGGAUGAAGGAACUCAUCACGCUGCCGCCGAGCAAGUCCGAUGCCAUUCGCCUGCAGCAGUUGCAAGACCAACAGGCCCAACAAGCAAGGGAGAAGAGACACAUGUCUGCCUACGAGCUGGACAUGGCAUCUGUCCUCAAUGUCCUCAAGGCUGCUGACAAGCGCCACAGUACUGACAUCUCCGCGUCGGAAGCAUUGCGUCAGGACAGCAUCACCGGUAACAGCAGCGGCCAUAGCAGCACACCCAGUGCCAAUAGCAGCAACGAGAACGACGUAACGAGCGGUCGAAAUCUCGGUGAGGAUACCGCGGCGCGUAACGAAAUCCCCGGCUAAUUAAGUGACCUUUUGUUGAUGCAGAGCUGCGAGCACCACCUCCCAGCACCAACAACCCAUCCAUCAACAGGAGUGACAUGGUGAUCCUGCCAUCACUUAUCCACCGGCCAUCAGCCGGGCGCAAGCACUCGCUGCAGGACUCCCUCAAAAGCUCCACCACCCCCUCCACUCCGACCACGGAGCAUCCCCCCUUUGUCCAACAUCGGAGGAACAGCCUGGCGUUCAUCAUCAACGAGAGCGGCCCGUCGCCCAGCGUGCCGGGCUCACCGGCGAUGAUGGCACCUGC